AUGAAAUCCUCUUCAAUUUUUCUUUCAUUGAGUCUCCUUCUUACUGUUGUUGCUUCGUCUUCAGCAGCACCUUUUUCUCAACCUAAUUAUGGUGAUUCAUUACUUAAAAGACAUCAUAAAAGUACUGGAAAUCAUAAAAAUGGUCAUAACAAUAACAAUCAGGGUUGGAAUGUGGGUACAGCACUAAUUAGUCCGCUUCUUAAAAGAGACGAUGGUAAUAGUACUGGUGAUGGCAUUGUUUGGAACUCGGGUGUAGCAAAACCAAUUGUUGAUCCUAUAUCACAUAGUCGGCGUGAUGACAUUCCAGCUAAUCCUUCUGGACCAAGUACCCCAAAUAAUUCUCCUGCUUCUGGCCCAAAUACCCCAAAUACCCAAAAUACCACAAAUAACUCUCCUGUUUCUGACUCAAAUAACCAACACAACGCUCCUGCUCCUGCUCCUGGCCAAAGUACCCCAAGCUUGGAUGAUCAGCUCCAUAAUGCUGCUUGCUACGGACGUAACGGUCUUCAGCCCUAUAAUGCCAAAUCAUCUGAUUAUAUUGCAGCAAUACUAAUGACGGGUAAUCUUGAUAUGUGUUAUCAAUGUAUCGAGGUCAAAAAUAACAAGUCAGGAAAAACAAUUUGCGUCAAAAUCAUCGAUAUAUGUGCAGGUUGUGAACCUGGUUGCAUCGAUUUAACCCCUGGUGCUUUCGCUGCGCUUGGUGAACUUGACCAAGGAGUCCUCAACAUAUCUUGGCGCACCGUCCAAUGCCCUAAAAAUGGACCAUGGCCAACUUUUGAACAAUCUAAAUAA